AUGCCUCUCGAUCAUAGCCCAGCGGCGGACGUGUCCAGCGCAGAGACGCUUCGUGCAUCAUCCAAUUUAGCCGAUUACAAACGACGACGCGAAAUUGUUAAGGGCUCAUGCACGCGCAUGGAGACUUUUUUAAACAAUAUAGUCGCAUUAACCGACAAUACCCGAGCGCAGGUAGAAAUCCGUCAAGCCCGUCUAGAAUCGUUCUGGGAAGAUUAUUGUAAAAUACAAACACAAAUUGAAAUGAUCGACGCGGAGGAGGCAAACGAUAGAAUCGAGUUCGAGGAUUCAUUUUAUGCAUUAUGUGCGAAAUUUCGCCGACUUUUACAAUGCGACAAUCAAUCGAGCGCGCGGAGAGGUUCCACGCAGAGUUCAACAAGAGUCGAGAUCGAGGCUAUAUCUCAUGUACGCUUGCCAAAAAUUAAUUUGCCAACUUUUUCGGGAAAAUACGAAGAUUGGUUCCCGUUUCAAGAUACCUUUAUAACAAUAAUUCAAAAUAACACGUCGUUGAGCGAUGUUCAACGGUUUCAAUAUUUACGGGCAGCGUUAACGGACAAGGCACUUGACAUUAUGAAACCUUUAGAAAUUUCUGGAAACAAUUAUGACCUUGCGUGGAGCCUCUUAAAGGAGCGAUACGAUAACAAACGCGUGAUUAUACAAACUCAUGUGCGGGCAAUAUUUGAAUUGCCAGUUAUAACAAAAGAAAACGCGAUCGACCUUCGGCAAUUAGCUGACGGGGCAUCGAUACAUAUUCGCGCGUUAACGGCAUUAAAUUACACAAUCACGUCGCGUGAGUGGCAUGCUUCGUUGCAGGGCUUUGAAUUGCCCACAUUUAAGGAGCUAAUUACCUUUCUUUCGCAUCGCAGUCAGAUUCUGGAGGAAUCCGCGAGAAAGAGUUCAAUCUCGUCCGUUCGCUCCGACUCUCGAUCGCAAUCGCGUUCUAACGUUGGACGUCAAGCAUUGCACACGACUAUCGAGAGGGGCAAGUGCAACUAUUGCGCCGGCGAGCAUUUAAUUUACUUUUGUAAGGAAUUCCUGAAACUGCCGAUCAGCCAGCGAAUCGCGGAAAUGCGUAGCAAAAGAAUGUGCCUCAACUGCUUGCGCAGCCAGAAUCACAUAGCAACCAAAUGCCCUUCUGGCAGUUGCAGAACGUGCAAUUUAAAACAUAACACGUUAUUGCAUAUAUCCAAAAAUGAGAGAGAGAUAAAUAACGCGGGCGCGCCGUCGGUGCCGACCGACUCGUCACCGGUCGCGGACGGGCGAUCGGCCGUCGCGACUCAUAGCGCGGUCGAGCGAGGCGAUACGGAGGUGUUACUCUCGACGGCAAUCGUUUACAUAUACGAUGCGAACAGUGCUCGCAAGACAUGCCGUGCUCUGUUAGAUUCAGGGUCACAGGUGAAUUUCGUGACAACCAAAUAUGUAAAAUUGUUGGGUUUAAAACCGCAAUCCGUAAAUUUCUCGGUGUCGGGCAUAUACGACGACACAUCCAUUUCAAACGAAAACGUAGACAUCAAACUGCAAUCGCGAUUCAAUUCAUUCGCGGCUGAGAUCGAGUGCAUCGUGGCGGAGCGAAUCAUAAAGGACAAGCUUCCGUUAAACACUAUUAAACGUGAAACAUUCAAACUGCCUUUCGGCGUCGAGUUGGCGGAUCCGCGAUUCAACGUGUCGUCUGACGUCGACUUGUUAAUAGGCGCCGAUCUAUUUUGGCAAUUGUUGUGCGUGGAGCAGAUUCAGGCGACUUCCGGAUAUCUAAUCCUUCAAAAAACACGUUUGGGGUGGAUUGUGGGCGGACGCGCACGCGUUGGUGCAUCGCGACCGGAGACUGGGCUGCACUCGUUUCACGUAUCAAUUAGCAAUUUAAAACUUUACGAACAAAUCGAACGAUUUUGGCGGAUCGAGGAGUUAGGCGAUUCGAAUCAUUACACCAAGGACGAGCGCGCAUCCUUGCGACACAUGCGACUCGUACCCGCACAUGCGGUCGAUAGGGAAUCCGUUUAUCUGCCUCAUCAUGGGGUGUUUAAGGGGAUCGGCCGGAAUGCGAAGUUACGUGUGGUUUUUGACACAUCGUGCAAAACCACGUCGGGAAUUUUUUUGAAUGACGCCUUGAUGAUAGGUCCUACGGUUCAGCAGGAUUUGAUAUCAAUUCUCACUCGUUUUCGCACGUUCGCGUACGUUUUUACUGCAGACAUAGUUAAAAUGUAUCGACAGAUACUUAUUCAUGAGUCACAGCUACAUCUGCAACGAAUAUUGUGGCGCGAGAACUCGAAUUCGCCAGUCGAUGACUUACUCGCGGGCGCCAAUACAUUGUCCGAAGCAGGGCGCAUUCGUGACGAGGUGAUAGCCUUGUUAAGGCGCGGACAGUUUGAGCUCGGCAAAUGGUCAUCGAAUUGCCGAGAAUUGUUACAGGGCAUUAGUGACACGAGUGCGGAGGUGUCAUUAGGCGAUGAAGCGAGCUCGAAAAUAUUGGAAGUCGCAUGGGAUCCGUCCAGCGACGGAUUUCGCUUCGGAUACAAUUGCGGCGCACCGACGGGUAGCAUAACGAAGCGGACGAUCUUGUCGGAAAUCGCGAGUCUUCGACCCUUUGGGUUUAUUAUUAUUAUGCCACUGACAGUUGUGGCAAAAAUGAUCAUGCAAGAUACGUGGCAGGCUCGCGUUGGGUGGGACGAAUCGUUGCCGCAAGAUUUGCAUCAGCGAUGGCGGAACGUAAAACAACAAUUGACGCGCCUUCGCGAAUUACGUGUGCCGCGUUUUGUCGGAUUUCGGGCGGACGCGCGCAAAUCACAGGUACACGGCUUUUGUGACGCGAGCGAGCGUGCGUACGGCGCGUGCGUAUACAUAAGAACGCGCGAUUCCGACGGAUACCGGGUGGAACUUUUAAUUUCCAAAUCACGAAUAGCACCAAUUAGAGCAGUUUCGUUACCGCGGCUAGAAUUGAAUGCCGCGUUAUUGCUAUCACAUUUAAUCGAGAAGAUUCGCGCAUCGGUUGAUUUAUCGAAAUCAGAGAUAAUUUUAUGGACGGAUUCCACAAUUACUAUACAAUGGAUAUCGUCGCCGUCGCGUAAAUGGAACGCUUUCGUGGCCAAUCGCGUCGGCGAAAUUCAGCGCCUUACCAGGAGAUCGAGUUGGCGGCACGUGCCGUCCGCUCACAAUCCCGCGGAUAUAUUAUCGCGCGGCGUCGACCUGGCGGGCUUAAUGCAAUCGACAAUUUGGUGGAACGGACCUGCAUUCCUGCAGUUAACUGAGGAACAUUGGCCGGUCAAAUUGUGUGUCGACUUGUCGGGCGAGUUACCGGAACAAAAAAGGGUAACCGCAGCGGUGAUAUCCAUACAACAAUCGAUCGUACUAAAUUUGUUGGACAAACAUUUCAAUUUAGACAGGGCAUUGCGAAUCAUCGCUUACUGCCUGAGAGUAGCGCGUUCGCGUACGAUCAAAUAUCAGACAACGUUUAUUUCGCAUCACGAAAUAACAGUAGCUCUGCGAGUCGCGGUGAGGUGCGUACAGAGACAUGCCUUUUCAAGAGAACAUAAACAGUUGACCGAGGGUCGGAACGUUGACGGCGGAAGUCGGAUUCUCUCAUUGACUCCGUUUAUGGAUGAACACGAGAUCAUUAGAGUGGGGGGCCGAAUAAGCAAUGCAGCAUUGCCAUACGACGCGCGACAUCCCAUGCUAUUGCCGAAGAGUCACCGAUUGACAACCUUAAUCAUACAGCGAGAGCAUGUAAAAAAUUUGCAUUCAGGCCUACAGGCCACAAUGCAUGCGGUGCGUCGACGAUUUUGGCCUCUGGCGGCGCGUUCGGCUGUCCGAAAAACAAUUCACAAUUGCGUAACCUGCUUCAAGUGUAAGCCGGCUGUAUCGCAAGCAUUAAUGGCAGAUUUGCCCGCGCAACGCGUGACGGCUUCGAGACCGUUCACGCAUAGUGGCGUAGAUUAUGCCGGACCCAUACUCUUGAAAGAGGGCAAGAGACGUAAUGCACAAUUACACAAGGCGUAUAUGUCGGUGUUCGUUUGUUCUCGACCAGGGCCGUACAUCUCGAAAUUGUAA